CUCUUAUCAAAGUUUAAAAAAAUGAAAUUCUUUUCAUUUAACAGACAAUGAGCUCCCUCUGUUGGCUGAUGGACAAUAACUUGUGCAGUUAUAAAAGAGAAACACCCUCUAUCACACGGACUCAUUCAGCCCGGAUCUUUGUGCGAUCUAAACGCGGCGGGUGGUUUGGCCGCAGGCCGGAGCUGUGGAGCGUUUGGCGCUGAGUUCCAGAGGAUGUCAGUGGCUGCAGUGUUACGGACUGUGACUGUACGGUAAGAUAGAACAACCCCUUUUCACCGAACUAUCAUUAAUCUGUGACUGCAGCCGUUCUCUCUGAUAGCAACCAACACUCUUUGGAGGGCGCAUGUCUUACAGAGGACACGCCACUCCAGCUGCAAGACCGUGUCAAACCAUUAUAGUGGGAUUGUUUACUGUACGCGGUGGCACGAAGGACGCGUGAAACUUCGAAGCGACUUCCUUCAACAGGAUGGUGCAAGCUGGGGAACACGGGCGGGGCACCUGCUAGGAUGUUCACUGAAGCUGCACGCCAAGACCCGGGAAAGACUACUAUGGCGUACCCCAUCCUACCCAACAAUGCCAGCGGGCCCCAGUGCACUGAGGAGAGCACCGAAGAGAACCUGUUCUUCUCCUCCUUCUACGGGGUAGUGUUUGUGUUGGCAUUUGUGGGCAACAUCCUCGCAGUGUGGGUCUUCUCCUGCGAUAACCACACCAACACCACCACCAACAUAUACCUGAUGCACCUGGCGGUGGCCGACCUGUCCUACGUGCUCAUUCUCCCCAUGAGGAUGGUGUAUCACCUGAGCCAGAACCACUGGCCCUUCGGAGAGGUGCCCUGCCGCAUCACUGGCUUCCUCUUCUACCUCAACAUGUACGCCAGCAUCUUUUUCCUGACCUGCAUUAGCGCCGACCGCUUCCUGGCCAUCGUCUACCCAGUCAGGUCCAUGCGCGUCCGUAAGCCGCUCUACGCCAACAUUGCCUGCGUGGUCCUCUGGGUGCUGGUGGUUCUGGGGGUGGCUCCCAUGCUAGGAGCCCCCCAGACCCUGCAGAGCAGCAACACUACCACUGUGUGUCUGCAGCUGUACCGCGAGAAGACGUCCAGCUUUGCUCUGGUGCCCCUAACGGUCGGCUUCGUGGUCCCAUUUGUCAUCACGGUCACCUGCUACCUGCUCAUCAUCCACAGUCUGCGCAGGGGCAACCGAAUCGAGAGGCACUUGAAGGACAAGGCCAUAAAGAUGAUAAUCCUGGUGCUCACCAUCUUCCUCGUCUGCUUUGUGCCCUACCACAUCAACCGCUACCUGUACAUCCUGUCCACCAGCUCAGUCCCCUCCAGCUGCCGGGACAGGAGGCUCAUCGCCCUCAGCAACCGCAUCACGUCCUGCCUGACCAGCCUCAACAGCUGCCUUGACCCUGUGGUCUACUUCUUCGUUGGGGAGAAGUUCCGUGAGCGCUUCUGCCACUUUGUGUGCGGCCGCAGGAAGAGGACGCAGUCUGUCAGCCAUGAGACCAAGACAAAUGAGAGCUCGCUCAGCGGCAAGUCAGAGCUUUAGUGAUGGUGGCAAGAGAUGGCUCCCUCUCCAUAGUGGCCCAUUCUCGUUGCAGUGUAUGGGGGUGUGUGUAACAGAGGGUGCUGUAUGUUUGUGUAUGAGGAUUGCUUAAGGGCUGCGUGCGUGUGUGUGUGUGUGCGUGUGUGUGUGUGUGUAUGUGUGUAUGUUUGUGUAUGUGUACAUGUGUGUGUGUAUGUGUGUAUGUGUACAUAUGUGUGUGUGUAUGUGUAUGUGUACAUAUGUGUGUGUCUGUGUGUAUGUGUGCAUAUGUGGGUGGGUGUGUCUGUGUGUAUGUGUGCAUAUGUGUGUGUGUGUAUGUGUAUGUGUACGUAUGUGUGUGCGUGUGUGUGUGUGUGUAUGUGUGCAUGUGUGCAUAUGUGGGUGGGUGUAUGUGUAUGUGUACGUGUGUGUGUGUGUGUGUGUGUGUGUGUGUGUGUGUAUGUGUGCAUAUGUGUGUGUGUGUAUGUGUAUGUGUACGUAUGUGUGUGUGUGUGUGUGUGUGUGUGUGUGUGUGUAUGUGUGCAUGUGUGCAUAUGUGGGUGGGUGGGUGUGUGUGUGUGUGUGUUGGUGAUCAUGUGUCCAUGAGCACAUAUUUGUUAUGUUGUCAAAACGAAUCUCGGAAUAAUCAUAGUGUUGAUUUGACUGGGAGAGUAUGAUAGGUGAUACAAAUCAGUCUGAUAUCAAUCAUUGUUACUCCGGUGAAGACCCAGUGAUGCACAGUGCUGAACCUGUAUCUGGUGUGAAGCCAGUCAGCGCACACCCGUGAUGUGAGAUCGUGCAGUGAAUGUCUGAGUAGAACCAGGAUGAUGUUUGAAUUUUCAGAGGGAGGUUUGACCACUGAAAUGUCCAUCACAAACAGGUAAAAGAACAGCAGGCACACCUGUGCCCCGCUGUCCAGCUGAGGUUGGGUCUCCGCGACAUUUUGUGACAAGUUAAAUGAAGGAAUGAACUCAUUUAAAAAGUGAUGCUGUAAUUAUCUUUUCCAGAGUAGUUAUGGGGUGGGGAGUUAGUCCACGGGUGUGGAGGUGGGUGGGGUAGUGGGUGAGGGGAUUAUUUAAUUGCUCUGUAGGCGACAUUGCUCUUGUAGACUACAGGAUGAGUCCCUGGAACAAUUGGAAAGAGGCCAGUUCCAGGGCAGGAAGACUGGAAAACCCAGAAGAGAAGCUCCCUUCUUCUGGAUUGGUCUCAUUUCUAAAUAAGACCGUGUGGAAGGGUACAAAGUUCUUGUAGUACAGACUCUUCAACUGAAAUCAAGUACAGCUCUUUGGAACUACCAUCACUGUUGCACGAGCAAGGUGAUCUGUUACUUGUAAAGUUAAACCUGGACUGUUUAAGUUAAAACCGAAGCAACUAAUCAAAACAAGAUCCAGGCAAGAAUGCAAGUUCCCACACAACUGCCUAACCGUCUCCACCAGCUUGGGAUCUGAGCAGCUGAGAAAGCUACUCCCUCGAUACCUCUCUGAGUCUGCAGUACAGGUUAUCUCCCCAUCGUUGGAUACCUGCUCUAACUAAUGGACAAUUCAAUGUUAUCUGCCAGUGUGGUGAGAUAUUGAGUAUGUACGGCCAUGAAUUAAACCUGCCAGGAAAUAAAUAAUUCUUUCUCA